AUGAGCAAAGAAUAUCUUGCUGAAUCUGUCACAACCGUCUCUGCAAUGGAAUCAGAUGGUUUAUCAGUCUUCUUUCCCAAUGGAGGAUAUCAGUGCUUUCCUUUAAGACAUCGACAGCUCUCCACCAGGGCACAGGAUAACGAGGAGACGCCGGAGCUGUGGGCGAAGGGGACCAGACAGAUGCGGACGAACAGAAAUGACGUGUGUCGGUGGCUCGGCGCCUUCAUCAGCGUGGCCACCUUUUUUCUGGUGGGCUUUGUAAUAGGGUGGUUUUCGGGGCAUUCUGGACAUGACACAAAAGGGAGUACUGUUAGCAAUAGGGGAAAAUUUCUUAAUGAAAUGAAAGCUGAAAACAUUAGAGCAUAUUUAAGGAAUUUUACCCAACUGCCUCAUCUGGCUGGAACAGAACAAAAUCUUCGCCUGGCAAAGCAGAUUGAGAAGGAAUGGAAGGAUUUUGGAUUGGAUUCUGUUGAACUUGUCCACUAUGAUGUCCUGCUGUCUUAUCCAAAUGAAAGUAACCCAAACUACAUAGCAAUCUUGGAUGAAAAUCAAACUGAGGUUUUUAAUACCUCUCUGUAUGAGGUUACCCCACCUGGAUAUGAAAACAUACCAAACAUUGUACCUCCAUAUAAUGCAUUUUCUGCCAAGGGUGAACCUGAAGGAGACCUUGUUUAUGUUAACUAUGGUCGCACUGAAGACUUCCAUAAACUUCACCGAGAACUAGGAGUUAAUUGCACUGGAAAAAUUGUUAUUGCCAGAUAUGGAAAAAUCUUUAGGGGGAAUAAGGUGAAAAAUGCAAUAUUAGCUGGUGCUAAGGGUAUUAUCUUGUUCUCAGACCCAGCUGAUUAUUGUGCUCCAGGAGUGAAUGUUUAUCCUGAUGGCUGGAAUCUGCCAGGUGGAGGAGCCCAGCGAGGCAAUGUUUUGAAUCUUAAUGGUGCAGGAGACCCCCUCACCCCAGGUUACCCUGCCAAAGAAUAUGCAUAUAGAUACAAUACUGCUGAGGGAGCUGGCCUUCCAAAAAUUCCUGUGCAUCCUAUUGGCUAUCACGAUGCAGAGAAGUUACUCAAGAAUAUGGGAGGACAGGCACCUCCCGAUAAAACAUGGAAGGGUUCCCUGAAUGUAUCCUACAAUAUUGGGCCAGGAUUCAAUGGACCAUUUGCUAAGAGCAAAGUUAAAAUGCACAUCCACACUAACAAUGAAGUGACUAGAAUUUAUAACGUCAUUGGUAAAAUACGUGGAGCAUCUGAACCAGACAGGUACAUUAUCCUUGGUGGGCACAGAGACUCCUGGGUUUUUGGUGGUAUUGACCCAACAACUGGCGCUGCUGUUGUCCAUGAAAUUGUAAGAAGUGCAGGAAAACUUGUGAAACAAGGUUGGAGACCCCAGAGAACAAUCAUAUUUGCUAGCUGGGAUGCAGAAGAAUUUGGCUUGUUAGGCUCAACAGAGUGGGCAGAGGAGAAUGCCAAGGUUCUUCAGGACCGAGCAGUAGCCUACAUCAAUGCAGAUUCAUCUAUAGAGGGUAACUACACAUUGAGAGUGGAUUGUACGCCAUCACUGAACACUCUGGUUUAUAACCUGGCAAAACAGAUUCCCAGCCCAGAUGAAGGUUUUGAAAGCAUGCCAUUGUAUGAAAGUUGGCACAAAAAAGACAACUGGACAGAGAACCGGGAUGCACCAAGGAUAAGUAAACUUGGCUCUGGCUCAGACUUUGAAGCUUACUUUCAGCGGCUUGGAAUAGCAUCUGCGAGAGCAAGAUACACAAAAAACAGGAAAACCGACAAGUACAGCAACUACCCAGUCUACCACAGCGUCUAUGAGACUUUUGAGCUGGUGGAGAAAUUCUAUGACCCCCGCUUUACUCAAAUGCUAGCGGUUGCACAAGUCCGAGGAGGUCUUAUCUUUGAGCUGGCAGACUCCCCACUUCUGCCUUUUGACUGUAAAGAGUAUGCAUUGGCUUUGAAGGACUAUGCAGAUAGCAUAUACCGUCUGGCAAAGGUUCACCAAGCUCAACUUGACCUUUACAGGGUUUCUUUUGAUGCUCUUUUUUCUGGAGUGGAAAACUUCACAAAGGCAGCAACAGACUUUCAUGAGCGACUGAAAAGUAUAGACAUGAAGAACUCACUACAACUAAGAAUUGUGAAUGAUCAGCUGAAGAAUUUAGAAAGAGCUUUUAUAGAUCCUUUAGGAUUACCGGGGCGACCUUUCUAUAGGCACAUUAUUUUUGCCCCAAGCAGCCAUAACAAGUAUGCUGGAGAGUCUUUUCCUGGAAUCUAUGAUGCUAUGUUUGACAUUGAAAGUGCAGAGAGCCCGGUCAAAGCUUGGGAUGAAGUCAAGAGGCAGAUCUCCAUUGCGGCCUACACCGUUCAAGCGGCUGCUAUGACACUCACUGAAGUUGCAUAAAGGAACAGUUGUGGAUUGUUUUAACAGUGCAACACCAAGUUUUUAUAUUAAGCAAAAAGAACCCUCCAAAGACGUGAUAAAAAUCAACAAUUCACAGGAGUCUGGACAAGUACAUGAAAAGGAUUUUUUUAUAAAUGUUUUUUGUUUGAUAAUUAUAAUUUAUAAGUGAUACUUUAAAAAAAAAAUAAAUAAAACUGCUGCUGUAUUCAGCUUAAAAUUGCCCACUAACGUAAAACCAGCAUUUCCAUUUUUUCACAGUAUUAAAGCGUAUUAAUUUAUUUAUACUUUGAACUGUCAACGAAAGCAGUAUCUUUCAUGAAGCAUGCCAGUUGUAUUAUAUUUUGUAAGUUGAAUUUGGCAGUUACUCACAAUAAUGUAUUUUAUUCAAAUCAUAAUACAUAAAAAUGAUCAAAAUCUGUACAAAACCAAUAAUAUCAAGUAUUACAGCAAUGAAUAGAAAUUCUGCCUUAAA